GACCUGACUGAACUUCUCAACUCAAGGUACUAACCUCACAGCACAAUCAAGGUCAGUCUACGUCGCCAGCUCAUACCCAUAUCGUCCGCUAACCAGUCGCAGAUGGCACGCUUCCAGGAAUACCAGAUCAUCGGGCGCCAUCUGCCCUCAGAGGCCAACCCCGCGCCCAAGAUCUACCGCAUGCGUAUCUUUGCGACCAACGAGGUUGUCGCCAAGUCACGGUUCUGGUACUUCCUUGGCAAGCUCCGCAAGAUCAAGAAGGCCAACGGUGAGAUCGUCUCUGUAAACCAGAUCCACGAGAAGAAGCCCCAGAAGGUCAAGAACUUCGGUAUCUGGCUCAAGUACGACUCGCGCUCCGGUACCCACAACAUGUACAAGGAGUACCGUGAGAUGUCCCGUGUCGCCGCCGUCGAUGCUCUGUACCAGGAUAUGGCCGCCCGUCACCGAUCGCGCUUCAGGUCCGUUCAGAUUCUCAAGGUUGUUGAGGUCGAGAAGGCCGACGACCUCCGCCGCCCAUACAUCAAGCAGCUCCUCACCAAGAACCUCAAGUUCCCGCUGCCCCACCGCAUCAACAAGAAGGUUGGCAAGAAGGUCUUCUCCGCUACCCGACCAUCCACUUUCUUCUAAGCGUGUUUCUCAUUACGGAGUGCGGUCUGGAUGGGUAGGGAUGUUAUGGGUUUCCCUCGGUUAUGCAUGCUUCACGAAAAGAAGUACAUUAGGAACGAAUGAAAAUCCCUGAUACCUCCAUUCGGCCAUCGGUACGCGUGAUGCAGUUUGGGGUGCUGGCCGGCCACGCGCGUGAAGGCGAUACUUGCAGGGACGUCGAACAACAGCGAUACCGUGGAAUGAGGUGGACGAUAGACAAUGAAGUCAUGCC